UGCACGUGCCGUGUGCAAAGCUCGGUAUGACUAGGACGAGCUCGCGGCGAAAACAGCCAUUCGAAUCCAGUAUUAGUGCGGUGCAGAGUGUAAACGGUGUCUAUCUAAACCUAUCGCUCCGAGAAUUUCAUUUGCCCUCGAUCGAUAUACCUAGUGCAUAAACGAAAAUGCCUUUCAAGCCAGUAGAAAAUCCAAAAUGCCCCAAAUGCGGCAAAUCCGUUUAUGCCGCAGAAGAACGUGUUGCUGGAGGACUCAAAUGGCAUAAAAUGUGCUUCAAAUGCGGUUUGUGUGGUAAACUCCUCGACUCGACAAACUGCUCCGAGCACGAAGGUGAGCUUUUCUGCAAAGUCUGCCACGCCCGGAAAUUCGGUCCCAAGGGUUACGGAUUUGGUGGUGGUGCAGGCUGCCUAUCCAUGGAUCAAGGCGAGCACCUGCAGAGAGAUGGUGACUUUUCAAGAGGAUCUAAUGCAGUAUUAGAACCCCGUGCAAUUGCCAAAGCUCCAGAAGGUGAGGGAUGUCCACGGUGUGGAGGAUUUGUUUAUGCAGCAGAACAAAUGCUUGCAAGAGGAAGAGCCUACCAUAAGGCAUGCUUCAAGUGCAAAAUUUGCCAGCGGACACUGGACUCUACGCUUCAUUGCGAUGGUCCGGAUCGCGAAGUAUAUUGCCGAGCUUGCUAUCCGAAGAAAUUCGGGCCGCGGGGCAUUGGUCAUGCGGGGCUAGUAUGGCUCGGGCUGCAGUGCGACGUUGAGGACGAAUGCGAUGCAGCUCCUCGCACGACUGUGAUUGAUACUGCAGCAAUAAAAGCACCACCAGGUAAAGGUUGUCCUCGUUGUGGUGGAGUAGUCUUUGCUGCUGAACAAGUGUUAGCCAAAGGAAGAGAAUGGCAUAGAAAAUGUUUCAAAUGUCAUGAUUGUACGAAAACACUUGAUUCAAUAAUUGCUUGUGAUGGUCCAGACAAAGAUGUUUAUUGUAAAACUUGUUAUGGAAAAAAAUGGGGCCCUCAUGGUUAUGGAUUUGCUUGUGGAUCAGGAUUUUUACAGACCGAUGGAUUGACAGAAGAAGAACUGUCAGCCAGCAGACCCUUCUACAAUCCUGAUACAACUUCAAUAAAAGCUCCAGAAGGUCAAGGGUGUCCUCGUUGUGGUGGAAUGGUCUUCGCAGCUGAGCAACAGCUUGCUAAAGGAACAAUGUGGCACAAAAAAUGCUUCAAUUGUGCUGAAUGCCAUCGACCUCUUGAUUCAAUGCUUGCUUGUGAUGGACCUGAUAAAGAAAUCCAUUGUCGUGCAUGUUAUGGUAAACUUUUUGGGCCCAAAGGCUUUGGAUUUGGUCACACUCCAACUUUAGUUUCUACGAAUGGAGACACUGCCCCUUCAUAUAUCGACGCUAAGCCCCAAGUUGGAUCAAAAAGCAGUGAUGGACGUGGCUGUGCGCGAUGUGGAUAUCCAGUUUACGCUGCCGAACAAAUGAUUUCAAAAGAUAGAAUGUGGCAUAAACGUUGCUUCAGUUGUGGCGCUUGCCAUCGUUCUUUAGAUUCAACAAAUCUUAAUGACGGACCUGAUGGUGAUAUCUAUUGUCGUGGCUGUUACGGAAGGAACUUUGGACCUCGUGGAGUUGGUUUUGGAAUAGGUGCUGGUACCCUAACGAUGGCUUAAAUAUUUUAACUUAAGAUUACUUCCUUCCUUUGAUUUAUCUAUAUUUAAUUAUUUUUUUCUGUUUUUUUUUCUUUUCAUCAUAAAUAAUAAAAAAACACUAAUCAGCCGAUGUAGAUAUCAAAUCGUCAAUCACCGCAAAUUCGAUCGAAACGAACGCGAGACGAUGAACAAAUUUAUUUCAUGUUAUUUAAUAACCUUCUGAUGUUUAUUUGUUAAGAAUAAAUUAAAUUACGAAUCGUUUAAAAGUUAUUAACAAGUCGUGGGAAGCAUUUUAUAUUUUUUUUCAAUGAUUUUUUUUAAACAAUUUUUUUUAUGUAAUUCAUAAAAAAAAAAUUAAAAUGUUGCCUUCGACAAUAUUAAAAUACGAACGACUAUUUCACAAAAGUGCGACAAAUCUAUUUUUUACAAUUAAAAUAAUGCCAAGAGACUAAACUUUGAUCUAAAUUUAAGUAAUCUUAGUGUUUCUUUCAUCUAAUAAUAUUUAAUUUAAUGUAUUUAAAUUAAUUAAAAAACUUCUCUUGUAAUUUAGUGCGCGUUUUCCUACAAAUAAAAGGAUUAUAACGAUAUAUGAUCUCCAAGUCAACAGGAGUUUAUGUAUAAUGAAAAAUAAUAAUAAAAAAUUAUUUUCAAUAAAUAUAAAUUUUAAAAAUAA